CUCUGUGGCGGCAGUAUGGUGACUGCUCAGUGUACACCUUCCCUCGGAGACCUUUUGGAGCGUGGACGGAGGCUAGGGGAUGAACACAGCGAGGAGCCUCUAGAGGAGAGGUUGUCCCCACAGUCCAGCGGCGAGUUUGCAGGGCUGCGGCGGUAGAUGAUAAUUGUACACAAGUUCCUUCUCUGUCGCCUGUCACUUAAAACCCCUCUCCUCUGACUCCGAUGGCGGCCGCCGCGCUGAGGGACCCGCCUCAGGGCUGUGUGACCUUUGAGGACGUGGCCGUUUACUUCUCCCAGGAGGAGUGGGGGCUCCUUGAUGAAGCUCAGAGACACCUGUAUCAUAAAGUGAUGCUAGAGAACUUUGCACUUACAGCCUCGAUGGUUUGUUUGCAUGAAACAGAGACUAAAGAGAUACCUUCUGAGCAAAACGUUUCUCUAGAAGCUUUGUCACAGGUCAGGACUCCAAAGGUAGGUCCAUUCACCGAGAAUGCUCACCCCUGUGAGAAAUGUGUCCCAAUCCUGAAAGACAUUUUGUACCCUGCUGAUCUACCAGGGCAGAAACCAUACUUUACUGGGGCAUCUGCAAACCUUCAGCAGCUUCAGAAGCAUUUCAGUACAGAGAAAAGUGACGUGGAUAAGGCAGAAUUUGUAAAGAGCUGCAUAGUCCAGGUGUCAGGGAAUCCCUUCACCUGUAGGAAGGUUGGAAUGGACUUCCCAGGUACAUUGGGUCUCCUCCAGCACCAGAUCACUUCCAGUGGUGAGAAACCCAACAAAAUCACCAAGUUUGGGGAGACUUUUAAUGGUAGAAAAAGUCAUUACAAGUUGCAUGAAUGUGGGAAAGCUUCCAGCCACAAACACAGUCUUGUUUACCACCCAAGAGUCUCUGCUAGAAAAAGGGUUUAUGAGUUUAGCAAAUAUGGGAAAGCCAUGCACUGUAAGUACUCACUUGUUCAGCUCCAGAGAGUCCACACUGGAGAAAGGUCUUAUGAGUGCAGUGAAUGUGGAAAAUCUUUUAGGCAACGAGCCACUCUCAUUAUACACCAGAGAGUUCACACUGGAGAAAGGCCUUAUAAAUGUGGUGAGUGUGGAAAGUCCUUUAGUCAGUGCUCCAAUCUUAUUGAACAUUGCAGAAUUCACAGUGGAGAGAGGCCUUUUGAAUGUGAGGAAUGUGGGAAAGCUUUUGGGUGCAAAUCCAAUCUUGUUCGGCACCAGAGAACCCACACUGGAGAAAAGCCUUAUGAGUGCAGCGAAUGUGGGAAAUUCUUUAGACAAAGCUUCACCUUGGUUCAACAUCGGAGAAUUCACACCACAGCAAGGCCUUAUGUUUGUGUCCAGUGUGGGAAAUCCUUUAGCCAAAGAGCCACUCUUAUUCGACACCAACGAGUUCACACUACUGAAAGGCCUUAUGAGUGUGGGGAAUGUGGGAAAGCUUUUGGAUCCAAAUCUAAACUUGAGCGACACAACAGAAGUCACACUGGAGAAAGGCCUUAUGAGUGUGCUGAAUGUGGAAAAUCUUUCAGACAGAGUUACAGCCUCGUUGAACACCAGCGAACUCACAGUAGAGCAAGGCCUUUUGAGUGUGGCCAGUGUGGGAAGUCCUUUAGCAGAAGAGCCAUCUUCACUAAACACCAGAGAAUUCACACUGGAGAAAGGCCUUAUAAAUGUGGCGAAUGUGGGAAAUCCUUUAGUCGAAGCACCAGCCUUAUUCAGCACUGCAGUAUUCACACUGGAGCCAGGCCUUAUGAAUGUGGGCAGUGUGGGAAAUCCUUUAGGCAAAAGUCUGUUCUCAUUCAACACCAGGUAGUUCACACUGGAGAAAGGCCUUAUGAAUGCAGUAAAUGUGGCAAAUCCUUUAGCCAACGUUCCAGCCUCAAUCUCCACCGAAAAUUUCACACUGUGGAGCAGCCCCAUGAAUGCAGGAAAUAUGGGAAAUCCUUUAUUCCAAACAGCUAACAUUGUUUAGCACCAAGAAAUCCACACUUUGAAAAAGACCUUAGACCUGAAGGAAUGUACUCUCUCCUUGUUCAUUAUAACAGCACUAGACAGCUUUUGUUAAGGGAGUCAUCUGCCUGAAAUUGAACCUCAUACUUGCAAACAUCUAAUGACUUGAAAUUCCCAAUGAGUUCCAGGUGUCUUGUGAGGCUUACAGAGCUACAUUCCAUGUUCUAAACUCUCCAGGGCCCUCAUCAGAGUUACAUCACUGCCAGUUUCUCUGGUAGAACCCAUCUCACCUCUUCCUUGCACAGUAUUUCAUCGGUCACCCUGAUGUGCUGACACAAGGCCAAUGUCUGUGUGCCCUAAUGUUCCCUGGAGGAAAUCUUGAGUAGUAUGUGCCCGUGCAUUUUCCUAUUUUAAUUGAUUAAGUAUGAAUCUGACCUUCAAAUUCAUUGGUUUCACUUGAUACUUGUGGUUGGUUUUCCUACCUCUCAAGUCACCAGCUGGGAAUUGCCCCCUAUUGCUCUGGUUUGUGCAGCAAUAAAGGUCUUACUGUUUAAUCUACCUUUAAUCUUGGGGUUGUAUUCACUGUGGGGAUGGGUGGAAAACAAUUGGCCUGCUUGUUUGACAGGAUGGACAGCUUUCAUGGGUCCUCAGGUUUAUGUGCCUCAACAGGGACAAUAUAAUGAUAGGAGGGUAUAAUUUUCAUCCAGUUUUGACCUAAUUUGAAUUCCUCCUCAAGGUCUCUUAGGAACUAAAGCAGUGUUUUGUUUAGUUCCUAAAUGUGUGACCUGGAAUAUAUGACCUAAUGUGUGACCUGGAAGCUUACAUACUGUAUGACCAAUAGGUUCCCCCUGGGGCUUCCUAGGUGGCACAGUGGUAAAGAACCUGCCUGCCAAUGCAGGAGACUCAAGAGAUGCAGGUUCAAUCCCUGGAUUCGGAAGAUGCCCUGAAGUAGGAAAUUGCAACCCACUCCAGUAUUCUUGCCUGGGAAAUCCUGUGGACAGAAGAGCCUGGCAGGCUAUAGCCUAUGGUGUCACAGAGUCAGACACAACUGAGUGACUGGGCAACACAGCACAUGUAGGUUACCCUGAGGAAGGGUCACUUGUUCCAGUAAGCUCCAGGGCCUUUGGAAAUGCCAUGAAUUUGUUCUCAUAUUCCCAGAGGGUAUCCCUUUAAUGCUCAGCACUGUUGAGGGGAAGCUUUCCACCAGGUUCUACGAAGGAGCCAAAUGUCCUGAAGUUCAUAAUUCUGUGGACCAGUAUCCCUCCUCAGGCAUCAGGAUACAGGUUUCAACCUUAACUGAUACUGAAAUUCUGCUGCUGAGUCACUAAAUCACGCCCCACUCUUUUUCGACCGCAUGGAUUGUAGCCUGCCAGGCUCCUCUGCCCCUGGGAUUUCCCUGGCAAGGAUACUGAGUUCCCAUUUUCCCCUCCCGGGGGUCCUCCCAACCCAGGAAUUGAACCUGAGUCAAUUAGGUCUCCUGCAUUGUCAGAUUCUUUACCACUGAGCCACCAGGGAACCCCCUGAAAUUCUGGGUGUGAUUAAGAGUCAGUGGAGGAGCCUGCAUCAAAUUAAAUGGAACGUGCCUCCAUAAGUCUUCCAGUGACUAUGUGCAUAGUCACAGCACUUCCAGAGCUGUGUAUCUCCUGUAGCUGAAUUUAUUGUUGGCAAAGUAAUCUAAAGGCUUUGUGAAUCCCCGUUGUCUUUCUGGGCUGGCCACCUCCAGGUCAUUGCUGUACAGACAGGGAAAUGAGAACAGAGAAUGGAGAUCCUGUUGUGUAGGGAUGUGGCAUUUGUGGUCCAUCCAGUGGUCCUGUUGUCCUAGACUGGAACAGCCUCUGUAACUUGCCAGUAUUUCCUGCACUGGUUCAGGGCUACCCUUCUCCAGGAAUGGGGAAAAAUAGGGUGGAAUCAUUGUUGAGUUUGGAGAAGGCAAUGGCAACCCACUCCAGUGUUCUUGCCUGGAAAGUCCCAUGGACGGAGGAGCCUGGUAGGCUGCAGUCCAUGGGGUCAUGAAGAGUCGGACAUGACUGAG